CUCAGCUCUCUCUCUCGACCGUCGCCUAAGAUACAGAUCAACAAGGGGAGAAGCCUGGUUUAACAAUGGCAAUCAUCUUUCCCGCAAGGAUCUUCUCGCUCGCGGUGGCCGCCGCUCUCCUAAUCGCCGUUUCUUGCCCCGGCUGCGACGCGGCACUGUCGACCAAGUACUACGACAAGACGUGCCCGGGCCUGCAGCCCGCCGUCCGGUCCGCGAUGGCGCAGGCGGUGGCCGCGGAUCCCCGCACGGGUGCCUCCGUCCUCCGCCUCUUCUUCCACGACUGCUUCGUCAACGGCUGCGACGCCUCCGUGCUCCUCGACGACGCGCCGGGGCUCACGGCCGAGAAGGCCGCCGGCCCGAACCUCGGCUCACUGCGCGGCUUCGAGGCCGUCGACGCGGUCAAGGCCCGGGUCGAGGCGAGGUGCAACGCCACCGUUUCCUGCGCCGAUGUCCUCGCGCUCGCCUCCCGCGACGCCGUCAGCCUCCUUGGCGGGCCGACCUGGACCGUGAAGCUCGGGCGGAAGGAUGCCCGCACGGCGAGCCAGGCCGCCGCCAACGCCAACCUCCCGGGGCCCGGCGCCAGCCUGGCGUCGCAGCUCGCCUCGUUCGCGGCCAAGGGGCUCUCGGCGCGGGACAUGACGGCGCUCUCCGGCGCGCACACGGUCGGGCGCGCGCGCUGCCAGACGUUCCGCGGCCGCGUCAACGGUGGGGACACCAACGUCAACGUGACGUUCGCGGCGGAGCUCCAGCAAGGGUGCCCCGCUGCCAAUGGCGUCGGGGACAGCAGCCUCGCGCCGUUGGACGCGGAGACGCCGGACGUGUUCGACAACGGGUACUUCCGUGGCCUCGCGCAGCAGCGCGGGCUGCUGCACUCUGACCAGGAGCUGUUCAGCGGCGGGUCGCAAGACGCGCUGGUGCGCAAAUACGGUGGCAACGCCGGCAUGUUCGCGAACGACUUCGCCAGGGCCAUGGUCAAGAUGGGCAGCCUCGAGCCGGCGGCCGGGACGCCGGUGGAGGUCAGGAUCAACUGCCGGAAGCCCAACUAGUCAGCUAGCUAGCGCGUACAAAUACAUGCAAAAGGAUACAUGAAUCACACAGUGGUACAGUUUUAAGGUUAGAUGGUACGUAUUGAACGUGUAAAUACAUUUUUAAUUGACAUAGUAUCAUUUUACGCGAUA